GCUUCAGGAAACAGAGCGAGAUAUUUCAGUCAGAGCUCAGAGACAUUCACCUCUCAGGACCGUUGUUUGUGUCUCCAUCAUGUCUUCAACCGUGUCCACGACCGUGGGGAACAUGGUGGUUGUCACCCAUGUCCUCCCUGCUAACGCUAACGCUGCUGAGAACACACAACAGUUAGUGGGCGUCCAGAAGUUCAUCAAAGGCCGACCACAGGCGCUGGGGACGAUUCAGAUCAUCAUCGGCCUGAUGAUUCUCCUGUUUGGGAUCGCCAUGACGCCUGAGGCAGACACACUGGGAAUUUACAGCGGCAUCUUCGUGUGGGGAGCUGCGUUUUACAUCACAGCUGGAUCUCUGACAGUGGCUGCUGGCAGACGACCGAGCCGCUGCCUGGUGAACUGUGCGAUGGCGUUCAGUAUCGUCGCAGUGGUCACUGCCGUCACAGCCACCAUCCUCUACUCUCUGGACGGUGCAGGGAUUUCAAUCUACUGUGGCUACUACGGCAACUAUCGCUCGUGCUACAAAUAUAUGAGUCGGAUGAUGGGCGUCUCAGGAGUCCUGGCUGUCUUCAAUGCGUUGCAGUUAAUUGUCUCAGCCGUCGUCAUUGGUUACGCCUGCUGUGCCAAAUGCUGCUGUGGAGAGACACCAUCAGUCAUUGUUGUACCUGCAGGAUCUUUGGUGACUGGACAAACUGCUGCUCCCUACACUGAAGAGAUACACAACGUCAAACAAGAAGCAGGCGCCAUGGCUCCUCCUUAUCCUCCAGCGUACAACACUGUGGUCAACUGAAGACGGAGAGCUGACGUCACGACGACCGCCUGACUCUUCACACGACACGAGCACCUGGAAUGUUUUCAUAUCCUUAAAAAUCCAAAUAAUCUUUCACUGUUUCAACAGAUUGACAUCACGUUGUCCUCACUUGAAUCCCAAUCCAUCUUUGAUCAUGAACUAUUUUCUGUUUUCUUUCUGUUAAAAAGUGUUUUGUGUGAUUUCAGAUUCUUAAAUGUCAACAUGUUUCUUUGCUUUGAUACGACAAUAAACGGAAUAUCGUCACAAAAA